AUGCUUUUAGAUUCUACCUACCCCAGAUCAGAACUCCAAACGUAAGUAAUGAGGUGUCUGAGAACCUCUGGUUUUCUAUUUCUGCUACUCUAAUUGAAAUUAAAAAGUGUGAGAUAAUGGAUAAUGGCAAAAGAGAAAUCUAAUGUAGAAUGGGUCAUUGUCAAGCCAGCUUGUCAAUGAAAGUUUGGUACAUGCCAAAUCGGGUUUGUCAACUACAAGGCACAUUGCUGCCAAGAGAAAUCCUAGAAUGCAAGCUCAUUGUUGGAAUUUAUUAUAGAUGGUGCUUCAUCCACACAGUUUGCUGAUCAGACAAUAAGCUUUGGGAAGGUAGAUGCUGGUAAUUUAAUAUAACCAGCUUUCACAAUAUAAACGGUUGGGUCUGUAUAUAUCUGAGUCACUGGUUCCUGCUUGUACUAGCAACCUAAUUUAACUAUCUUGAGAGUUGCCAGCUUUUAAAAAUUGAAGGUAUACAUGUUGCUCGUAGGAAAGGGUGUGCAAUAGCUUGUUGGUUUCGACAAUUAUCAUUUCUAAAUUAAGAAAGCAUGUUGUUCAAGUUGCUGCAGUAUGGAAUGGCAGUGGACUAUUAGUUUGGUCAUUGAAGAAAGGGGUACAUGUAGCAGGUCCAGAACCAUGGUCCCCACUCCAGAUCUCUGAAAGGAAAACAAUUGAUGAUUCCAGAUGAUGCUAACCUCACAUCUAUCUAAGAUUUAAAGUUUAGCGGCACUUCUUUCAUCGAUUCCGGAGAAACGAGUAAGUAGCAACCCAGAAGCCAAUUUGAGCUUACUCUUGUUGCAGUUUGUUCUGUCUGUUUUUUCACUUAUGAUCCCUUUCUUUGAUGUUCUAUUUCCCUUGUAUUCUUCGUUGCAUUUAUUAACUCUUUUCAUAAACUAAUUUAUUAGGUGUAUCUUGCUCUAAUCAGUUUUCUGAUACUUCUUUACUUUUAUCUCUUAUCUUUAUGUUUAAGGAGCGGUUUAACUCCGCAAUUCAUGCUAGAUGUCUUUUGUCAAUCCUUUGCAGUUUGCUCUCUAUUACAUCAUGAUUACAAUCUUUAGUUUGCCUGCAGCCACUUUUUUUUUCUCUCCUAUUGUUUUCUUAACAUGAUUGAUAAACUAAAUCUCUGCACUUGGUGAAUGAUAUGAAUGAAGCUUCACUUGAACAGAUUAAACUGAUGGGUACUGCAUGCAGCCAUACAUCAACCAUGAAUAGGCUUCACAGUGGAAGAGUUCCCCCAUGUCUUUCAUCAGCUAUAACAUUAGUACCAGCAUUCUCAGAGGUGUCAUUUCCUAGUUUUCCAGAGCAGAGAUUAUCUUUUGUUGAAAGGGAACUGCCUAUUAGUUCUGUCACUUCAUUUGACACUUCUAUGGCUGCACCUGAUACCAUGUCAACACAUUUAGCUUCCAGUUUCACCAACGAAUCACCUAAUGGGCAGCUUUGUUCUGGAUCAUAUGUUACUGAGCCAUGUGAUCCUGAUACUCCAUUGCUAGCAACACAUUCAUCAUUAAUGGGUAAUUCAAGGCCUUUGGUGAUGGACUUUCCAGAAAUAUCUGAACAGAUAUGUUCGAACCAAGAACAGCUCCUAGGUUUAUUUGAUUAUCCAGCAAGUGUCGAUUGUUCCAAAUCGAAAAAUGUGACCACGUUUGGCCAACAAGUUCAAGCCACCAUUACAGUCGAUCCUAACACUCACCUUACAUCACAAAAUGAGUGGUUCUCAUCUGGGAGUCCUAUGCAGCUUCAGAAGAAUGUAGGUUCUGCUGAAUCUGUGCUGAAGACAGUUGAUGCAAGAAGUGCAACACCUCAAAAUUACUUAUUCUGCCAUACUCAGAGGAGUGUACCAGAUCCUUUCAACUGUGACAGACUUGGCGCUGACAGCCUCCCUUCUUCAAACACUGCUCCAAAGCCAAGGUUGCGCUGGACACCUGAGCUCCAUGAGCGUUUUGUUGAUGCUGUUAACAAGCUUGGUGGGAGCGAAAAAGCAACUCCAAAAGCAGUCCAGAAGGUUAUGAAGGUCGAAGGAUUAACUAUAUACCAUGUAAAAAGCCAUCUGCAGAAGUACCGUACAGUUCAACAUCGUUCUGAUGGUGUGUCUGGAAGAAGCGGCAAAGCAGAUGAAGAUUCCAUUCCACAAUCGAAAGGCAAAGGGAACGUUGAAGGAGUAAUGGCUCAGAUUGGCUUGCAGAAACAACUUCAUGAACAACUUGAGAUCCAAAGAAAGCUGCAGCUGCAAGUUGAGGAACACAGCAAGUACCUUGAAACGGUGAUUGCCAAGCAAAAAGAGAGCCUUAAAAAGCUCGGAGCGCUACGAGGCUUUAGAGAUCAAGUGCGUCAGAUUUUGAAAGACGGCGAAGCACCUGAAGAAUGGACACAUUCAGCACAACAGAGGUAGUGAGAAAUGGAAUGGUUGUGGAACUCAUUGCUCCAGCACGCGCGAGUCAGAGCCUAAUUCUUUUUCAGAUAAGAGUUACAGCAACUUAUCCGUUUCUUGCGGAUAUUACUCUGAAACUACGUUUUGUGUCAGUGAGACUGCAAUUCAUGGUUCAUCGAUUGAGAGUCAACACAGCGACUUUGGCAUCACAAGCUUAGUCAUGCUUGUCACAUCGUCUUGUUGUUGCACUUUGAGAGUUUGAGUACUGUCAACAACAUAGCAAAGACCAGAGUACAUAACAUAGUGGUGUGGUAGGAUAGGUUUCAUUUCAAUACACAAAUAGAGGAUCAUCCUACACAGAUCCAAAUGUUAUUUUCACACAUGAACAUCGCACACUGACAUUGCAGCGGAGCUGGGUUCUUCUAAA